UUCCAUUGCAAGCGGAAUGCAAGUACGUGACGUGUGAAUUUGAAAACGAGUGCAACUGUUGCAACAAGUAGUCUUAGUAAUGGUGUGGUCCCGUCUCCGUGUGAUGUGUAAUUAAACAAACCCCGGUUUACAAAAAAGACCAGAUAACAACAGCGUGUGUCAAGCCGUUACGUAAGUGAGUUUAGAAGCUUUUUCGGACAAGGAAAACCGUAAGAACCGUAUUAGCCAAAUACGCGUUAGCCAAAAAAAGUAAACAAGACAAACAAACAAACAAAAAAAGAAAACGAUUAUUCUUCGAGCUUUAUUACUUCAAUCGAAACGCCCCCUGUCUGUCAACCCCCAAUCCAGGAACCGUAUCACCAAGUAACGAAACGCACGUGCCAUGGCUUGGAUUUACACCGGUACCGAUCUGAGCUAUCUCUGUUGCUGCAAUCAAAGGCAUCUUCUAGCUGUGAUAUUCAUCUUUACCAUCGUCAUGGGCGCCCCACACACGGAUUUCACCUCUUCGCAGCGGCAAACUUUGGUGCAAGAUACCGAAGGCAGCAACAGCAACCAUCGACAUCAUCAACAGCACCAACCCCACCAUCACCACCACCACCACCAUCAUCAGCACCAUGAACAUCCGGGCUCAUCGGCAGCGCCGUCGGUGUCGUCAUUUCCGGCCGCGGUGUAUUUUGCCACCCAAAACAACACAAAAGUCACCGCACAACGAGGCGGCACGGCCCUGCUGCCGUGCACCGUCAUCAGCCAAUCUUCCGCCCUGGUAUCGUGGAUCCGCCGGCAGGACUACCAGCUACUAACGGUCGGCCUCUCGACGUACAGCAGCGACGAACGGUUUCUGGUCGAGCAUUUGCGCCACUUGGGACACUGGGCACUGCGGAUCAAGUCGGUGCGCACCGAGGACGAGGGCCUGUACGAGUGCCAGCUGUCCGUUCAUCCCGUACAAUCGGUGUUUGUCGAGCUUAAAGUCGUUGAGGCAACAGCAGAAAUAGUCGGAGCACCGGAUCUGCACAUUGAUGAAGGAUCUACCUUACGGCUAGAGUGCAAAUUACAGCGUGCUACCGAGAAUCCCACGUUCGUGUUCUGGUACCACGAGCAGAAUAUGGUAAACUUUGAUCAGCUGAACGGAUUUUCCGUCACACCGUUCCAACCGCCGGCCACCGCCGGUCACCUGGCGCACCUGCAUCCCUACCUGCUGCCACAUCCGCUCCAGGAGCACGAGCACGAUUUGCCACUGUCGUCCGAGGAGCAAGGAUUCAAUCUGCUAGACGACGAUGGACUGCUCCAGCGUUCGCUGCAGCUGGGACAGGAUUCGUCCGAACCCUUCCUACCACCGUCCGCUUCCUCCUCGCUGCUGCUAGCGUCUCUGGCGGCAGCGGCAGCCCUCUCAUCCGCGCCCUACCACCAGCAACACCUUGAUCGGGCGGAUCUAUCGCUGGAACGGCAGGACGACCCGUCCGGUACGGUAUCGUCCGAUGCGCUGGAUCUGCCCGGCGCACGCCACCAUCCGCAUCUGCACCAUCAGCACCAUCACCCGUACCACAAUCAGCAUCAUCUCGCGAUGAAUUACAGCGACCCAAUGCCGUACUCGCACAUCCUGUCGCCGGCACCGAGCGUGCUAACGAUCAAGGAGGUCCACUUACGGCACGCUGGUAAUUACACGUGCGCACCCUCGAAUGCCCGCCCGGCCAGCAUUACCGUGCACGUGCUGCAAGGUGAGAAGCCAGCAGCGAUGCAACACGCCAACCGCAGCCAGCUGGACGACGGUGGCAAACCGUCCCGAAGCGGAAGUCACCCACAGCGAUCCACUGCCACGCUGUCGACGAUGCUGGUGCUGCUGCCGCCCAUGAUGGUGAUGCUGCUGACGGCGGUGAUACUGCACGGUUCGGUGGCGCACCAUCGGUGAAACGAAAUAUCGCUAAUAAGUGUUGAAACAUGCAAAAGGUGUGACGGCGCACGACCGUUGCGCUGGCCCCGAACCGCGUGGAAAUGUUUUAUAAAAGAAAAUUAAAUACAAAAAAGAACCCCCACUUUACAUACAGAAUCACACAAAACCGAAGAAACAUCUAAGCAAAUCGUUGCAUACUGUAUCAUAGAGUUCAAAGAGGACGUAACGGCCCGUACGUAGCAAGCGUAACAUGAUGAAGCCGAAACAAGAAGAGAGAAGAAAACGAAAUGUUAAAAUGCAACAAAAAAAAACAGAAAAGGGAGAGAAAAAGAAAUUUAAACAGUAUUUUACUCCAACCCGCCAUUUAUCGCGUUGUGUUUAAGAUUUUUCCGCCAAGUACUGUACCGUACUGUAAGACGUCCCAUUGGCGGACGUUUUGCCUGCAGGCCACUGUUACGAUUCCAAUUAAGCGCGCGUACCAGAAUGUACGUUCGGUCUGUCCGUUGGCCGUUGGCAGCAACAUUGAAGGGUACGAAUAUGCAAAACAAAUGGACAAACGAACAAAACAAAGCGAAUCGGAGUAGAUAGAUACAAAUGUUAUAUCGAGAAGGGGAAAGCAGUAGGACACGCGGUGCACAGUGCAGUCGGUGGGGUCAGUGUAGGCAGGAAGAGUACGACUAGUACGGGUAGUAGGGCCACAUUUAACUUUGUGGGUAGGGUAUGGGGUACGUAAAUGGGGUUGCGGUAGUGGAUGC